CGAUUGUGUCGAAUCACGCGAUAUAAAAUCCACGGACAGAAACGCUUUAAUAUCAUAACACAUCGACCCCAGCAAUACCAAGAUAACGAGAUAAGAAACUUUGAUUGAGUAUCUUUCAUUUCAUUUUCAUGGCAGUCAGACAAAUAUUAAACCAAGACGAGCGACAACUGCUUGAAGUUGGCGAUGAAAACGCAAAUAUGGAAGCGACUAUCAACCGUGACCUUAUAACUGAAGCCGCCGGGAAAGUAGCUAAGUCUAUAGGUGACCGGUUGAAUUUGAAACCCGAAGUUCAACGCUACCAAAAUGAAAGACAAAGAUCAAGCCAAACCAGUUGGUCGUCAAAGUUUAUAAAAGUAAUAGAUACGACUCUGAAAAUGCUGGAGGACACUGGCCAAAGUGCGAACUUGGACGCAAAAAAACUGGAACAGAUUUUGAGAGCACUGUAUAAACUAACAGAGAUGGGGGAUAACGCGCAACUCUGUCUGAUGAUGAAAAUAGCCAGUGCAUUUCUGAAUAACGACAGCGAUCCGUAUCCAAGCGAACGUCAAUACAUAAUGGAUUGUUUUGAGGCUACCAAAGAACACCAGGCUUCAAUUGUGAGGUUAGUCGAGGAAGCAAGCAGGUUGAUUGAAGUCAUAGUGGAGAGUGAAGGCGUCGAUUACUUAACGGGCAGGAAGUUUGACAACGUCUUCAGGGAAGCCAAAACGAAGAUCGAUUUGUGUAGAGGACGGUUAAAAAGAGCGGAAAAAGCUAUUUAUGAGCUCGCUGAGAAAAUGAACAUCAGAAAAUGGGCGUCACGGGUCAUGCGUGGUGCAGGUUGCGUGUUCACUACGGGUGUCCUAUUCAAGAAAUAUCAGGAAUCCAGUCGUUCAUCAUGGAACAUGUUGCAGUACGGUGGGCUUGCUUUUAUCGUAGGCGGCCUAUGUAUGUGUUUAUUAUCACGCGGAACAUAUGUUUUCUACGAGUCUGUUGCAAACAUCGAAUUCGAACAUCGAAAGCUCGAGGAGAAACUAGAAGAAUUGCACACAUCCUUGACAAGCACAAAAGAUCACAGAGAUGGACCAUUGCUGGCUGUACAGCGUUGAAUGGACGCGCUGUUUAUUUUCGUUGCCGUUGGGCAAUUCAUAUAGUCAAUAUUGGUGUAACUUUGGCCUGCAUUUUAUAUAGAAUACAUGUAAUUGUGAGAAUUUCUUAAGUUACUGAUGACACUCAAAUUAAACCCUAACGUUGUUUUCAGUAUGAAUAAACGUCGAGCUUGAUUAUUUGACCUACAAACAGGCUCGGAUUACUAACUAUGGUGCCUGUAGGCUAAGACAAAGUUGUUCAGUUUUUUAUGAUGUUUGCGUUCCUUACGCUACUUUGCCUUUGAAUUCCCGGCUUGUUUUGUAACUCAUAGUACGAACAAUAAGAAGUAAGUUUAAAAUUCAAACUUGGAAAACCGAGUACUUCACGAGUUCUGAGCAUCGUGCAUUUGAACAGUAGAUCGUACGGUUUAAAACAACACAAAUGGUCUAAACUUAGAACAUUUAACUAGUCCAGAAUGGCAAAAACUAAGAACUAACUAUGUCUAGACACAACGGGCCUCUCGAAAGCGCGGGCGUUUAGGCUUCAGACAACCUAGCCCACUGAGUUAUCCGCCACUGCAUACAAACUCCAAAUACUAGAGAGAGCAGUAUUGUCUCUACUAUAAAAGUAAGAGAAAUGCAAGACCACUCUAAAAGCAACGAGUAUGAAAUUGAUAUGAGAUUAUUCAAAGUCACACUCUCUAUACAUUUUUCCUGUUAUAAUAUCUGAACACUGCAUGGGCAACAUGCAAAGUUGUAAUUCUAUACGCUUUAAAAUAAACAAAAAUUUGGCGUUAUAUAUGUAAUUCAAUUUGUAUAAUUUGUUAAAUGUUCAAGUAACUGCAUAAUUUACCACAUCUAAUAAAUUUUUGUAAACAUA